AUGGCUGCUGCGGUUGAUGGUGGCACAUACAUCCUCUGCAGCUGCAGCCAAGGCAGUGGGGGCUUCAGUGUGAGUGCGCCACCUCCGCCUCUGCUGUCCUGGCAGCUGGGGCAGCGGGUUCAGGCACCCUCUGCCAAUGUGGCCUGGACUAGGGCCACAGUCGUGGUGGUGGCAAGAGAGGUGGACCCACUGCUGAGGCUGUGGAGGCUGCACACACCAGAUAAUAUGGUUUUUUGCAUCUCGGCCACCAACGUGCCAUCCAGACUGAGGAAGACCCAGAAACUUUGGGUCCACAUGAGCCAUGGCUAUGGCUGCAUCCGCAAGCUGAGAAAGCACCUGGGCAGCCAAGGAUCUGGUAACAGUGGAGAUUGGGUCCCUGCACCCUGUGGACCAGAACCUUGUGCCCUGGCUAUGCUGCUCCCCAGGGAUGAGUGCCUGGAAGAGAACAGAAUAACCUUCACUGGGGAGAAAGAAUGGGAAAGAAGCAGGUGCGUCCUCCAUGAGCCCUUCCACCUGUGCCAAGAUGAUAUUCCACUUGGUCGUCCUAAGAAAAAGAAGCCAAGAACAAAAACCCCGCUAGCAAGUGCUUCUUUGGAAGGCCUUGUUCAGACUGCUGUUCAUAGGCCGUCUGAGAGCAGUGAGCCACCACGUAAAGAACCCAAAGAGCAUGUAGAAGCUCCUGUUCCAAGAAGACAGAAGAAGACGAGGCUACCUCUUGAAUUGGAGACUGCCUUCACCCAAAAGACAUCUAGUCCACCUUUAUUACGAAAUGAAAAUGGUAUCGAUGGGGAGCCAGCUGAGGAGCCAGUCAUUCAAAAACCUCGCAGGAAGACGAAGAAAACACAGCCAGCAGAAUUGCAGUAUGCCAAUGAGCUGGGAGUGGAAGAUGAAGACAUAAUUACUGAUGAACAGAGUAGUCCAGAACAGCAGUCUGCGUUCACUGCACCCACUGGCAUUAGCCAGCCUGUAGGCAAAGUGUUCAUGGAAAAAAGCCGGCGAUUCCAGGCCACCGACCGUUCAGAGUUGAUCAAGACCACAGAAAACAUAGACGUGACCCUGGACGCGAAGCCUUCCUGGACGACCAGAGACGUUGCACUCUCAGUGCACCGGGCUUUCAGGUGGCUGCUUUUGCUGGACUUUUCUUAAAACAAAUAUUCCAUAUUUUUUUUUAAUUUAAAGUGUUGAUUGUUCAACACUGGUUAAUAAUCUACCUUCCGUGUAGUAAAAAGAAGACAGUAGAAAGCAUGUUUUUGGUUUUUGUGAAAUGGUGAAUUUUACUCAUAGGAGUAAAAUCUUAAAAUAUUUUAGCUUUUUACUUCAGUAAUUCAUGUAUAAUAAUAAAACCCUUUUCCAUUCA